AUGUUAAGUAACUGGGAACUUAGUGAUUUGGCUUCACAUUUAAGAAGAGAAAGAUUGUUUACAUCCUCAGAACAACAAAGUUUAAAAAUAUUAAAUGAAAAAUUGAAAGAUGUAUCUAAAAAUCUUGCUCAAUUGGCAUGGAUUUCAUCUCACCAAAGAAUAAAUCUUAAUCAUUUAAUUUUGGCCAAAGUUGACUGUUUGCCUGCUCUAUUAAGUCAGAGAAAUUUCACUGCGGAAAAUGUAGUUUUUGUUGAUGCAUAUAAAAUUAUCGGAUAUCAAGAUGCAUUAGCGUAUGGUGAAUUCUUAAGCAUAUUACAAAGCAAUGUUGAACUUGUUGCAAAUUGUUUGAGUGUUGGUGAUAAAAUUUUUCCCGAUUCAAUGCCGGAAAUUGUUUAUUCUCUUUCUGGUGUACUCAAAUUGCUGCAAAAAUUAACUGCUUUACAACUUGUGCCUUCGGAAAACCCAAGAAGAAUGUUAAGACAUGGAUCCUGUGCUUUUGCUCGAUUUUAUUCUUUGUUCCAUGAAAAUUUAUACUCUGCAAAAUUAUUUUUAACCGCUGCCUUGCAUUAUCCAAUAAUAAAAUUACUCAUGGAGGAUGAAAUGUUUUUAGACAUUGAUCCAGAUAAAGCUGUCAUUAGAUUUCCAAAUGAGGAGAGAAUAAAAAAAUUUGGUUUAGAGGGUACACCUGAUUAUACAGCUAAACUUCAAAAACAUAGGGAAUGGAUCAUAAAAAAAUUAGUGAAUUUAACUGAUAAUUUUAUAUUCAGUUUACAAGAAAACAUGCAUUGCUUUCCUACCAGUGUUUGUUGGCUUGUUAGGCAAAUGGCUGGACUUUUUAGAAAAUCCGGCUAUUUGGGUGAAAAAGAGAUAUAUGAAAUUUGCAUUGAUUUAGUAUUUACAUACUUUAUCUGUCCAGCUGUUGUUAAUCCAGAGCCUUAUGGAAUAACUGAUGUGCCAAUUGGUUAUAUAGCUAGAUUUAAUCUUAUGCAAGUAGCUCAAAUUUUACAAAUGUUAGCAAUGAGAAAAUAUCAAGAAAUUGAUGGUAAAGUUGCUGACCUGUAUGAUAAGUUCCAUUCUGAUUCUGUAUCUAGUUUUCUCGAUAGAAUUUUGGGUAAUUAUAGUGAAACUCUUGAUGAACCACCUCCGAAUGAAGACAAUACCGAAAUAGAAGGAAUAUUAAGAUCAGCAGCAUUAUUUACUCACUGUGAACUUAAUAAUUUGGUCAAAUUUUUUCAAAAUAUAUUAAAAAGUGAAAAUGAUACUUUUGAUAAAAGACAAUUAGAAAAUUUAAUAUCAAGACUACCACCGACGUGGACAAAUGGUUACAAAAGUUCUACUCCAAAACAUCAAUCUGAAAAAUCCAUGAACAGUGCUAGCAGCAGUCAAGAAUCUUCCCUUUUAAGGAAAUCUUCUGUUUUGUUGAGUAAAGUUAAUCGCCAAAGAAAUCAUACUUCAGCUUUAGGUGCUAAUUUAUUGGGAAAUCUUGACAAUGUUGAUGAUUCUAAAGCAGAAGAAGAACAGCCGUUACAAAUUUUGGUAAUACCUUUAUCUGGAAGAGAUGGAGAACCGGUUGGACUUUUACCAGAACAGAAAGUUUUAGAGGUUGAAGUCAAAAGACAAGCUGAUGCCAUUUCCAUUGGCGUGAAGGGAGACCAGACAUUAGGAAAAUCUGAUGUAGAAUCAAGAGGAGAGGGACAAGAGAAACGCACUAGAUUUUCUCUUUCUCAUGACGAGGGAUCAAUUGGAAACACUAGUGAUAAUCUUGAAGCUGUGUCAGAAGCCGCUUCUAAUCACAGUGGAGCUUCAUCGCUGGAAUCAGAAAAUGAAGAUCAAAAUGAUAACUUAUCAGACAUGGUUUCUGCAAAUGUAUCUGGUAGAGGAACACCCAAUAUAUCGGGACGUGAUACUCCAUCGUCACAAAUUACCGAAGGAGAUGAAGGUCGCGGAGGAGAAGAAGAAAUUCGGGGUAAUGUCACCGAACAUCGACAAGUCGUUCCAUCUGUUUCAAAACAAACCCGAUCCGACAUUGAUGAUAAAUUUGGAAAAUUUGAAAUAAAGAAGCAGGAAGUGUUAGGUGAUGAAACAAAGUCUUUGGUUAGUGAUACUUGGAGCACUGAUGUAUUAGCAAGUGAUAGUGAAACUGUCGAACAGUCCGAAAGAAAUUUUCCUCGACCUCCUGAAGUUGACGUACCUUCUCAUCCAUUUAUUCAACAUUCUUUGGAUGUUUCCGAAACGGCGUCUGAAGCCUGGAGCACAGACGUUCUCACAUCUGAUUCCGAAAGAUUGACUGAAGUUGACACGGAUGAUACUGCAAGUGUGGCCCGGUCAGAUGAUACGGCUAGCGUCGCUCGAUCAGAUGACACAGCUCAUUCAGAGUUUGGUAUGAGGGGAGAGGUCGAUGGUGGAGAAACUCCACCUCCGCAUAACAGUGCGUUUCGUCCCAUAAAGGAUUCUUCUAAUAGAAUUUCCUUAAAUGUUCCUCCUUCACCAACUCGAGCUGAUAUGUGGAAUGUAACCGGAAGAGGAGGAGUUAAGUCGGAUUAUCGAAGGAGAACUAUAGAGUUCGUCGAUUCUGGCAUAGCUAGAAACUUUAGCACGAAUAAUGUGGAUAGUAAUAGAAUGAUACACGUCAUUGACAAGAUGGACACAAAAUCUGCGGUUCAAACAAAUGGUCCAAUGAGAAAUGGAAGGAGUGGAUCUGCGCCUCGUUCCAGAUCACCUCAACCAUCCCAGUUGCAAUCUCUAUCUAAUGGUAUCGAAAAUCUUCUUCCCGAAGCUAAUUUAGUGCCUAAUGACCGUUCACAAAAAGUAUCCGUAGAUAAUUCUACUGUGGCUGUUGUCGAACAGGAAAUCGGAUUGCGCGUUUUACCUGACGGAAAUAAUGACGUCAGCGAAGAAGCAUCCGCUCUGUUCGACGACAGCGACAUUACUCCACCUUCCCCCUUAUUAUCUAAUGCAUUUGCUUCUUCCUCACACUUGCCUUCAAAUUCUGCAUAUUUAAAUAAUUCCAAACCUCAAGUUUCUUACGCGUUACCUUAUAAAUUUAAUGAAAUGAAAUUAAAGCAAGAGGGAGAUGAAUCUGAAAAGGUUUUCUUAAGUUCAACUAGUUUAGCAUCCACUAGCAGCAGCGGAAGUAAUUCGGGAACUGCAGCUCAGCCGCAACCAGUAGUAGUAAGAAAUAUUGAGAAAGUAAAUGCUAGCGUAACUGGAGCCAUUCCAAAAAGUAUUAGUUUUGAUAAGACAGCAGAAAGAGGUGAUAAGGAGUUUUUAGACGAAGAUCAAAAACAAAGAAAAGGAUUUUUUAGAAAUUUAAAAAUGUCUUUCAAAAGUAGAAAAAUAAAACAUUUUAAGGGAGAGGAUUUGGGUCGAUUCGAGGAAAAUAUUUCCGUUGGAAAUUUCAAAAUUUUCAACGGAGCCAAAAAUAGCAACGAACAGGAAACUCUAGAAGAAAAAGGUGUACAAAAUGGUGGAGAUGCAAUCGAAGACAUUUUAGCUAAAUAUAGGAAUAAACCUGCGACGGAAGCAGAAGUUUUAGUACCAACCGAUUUAAUUGAAAAAAAAUUAAUUGAAGCAGACGAAGACGAAGGUUUAUCCGAUGAAUCUCUUUUUAUAAAUGCAAAGAGAAAAUUAAGACUUGUUUUGUGCAAUUCUGAUUUGCACAUUUACAAUUCUGGAUCCGUUGUUUCAGAAGAUCAAUUGGUUUCUUUUCUGAAACUUCAAUUAGCGGAAGCGGUUAAUUUGCAAAAUCGAUCGUUGGUGUCUCAGCUGCAAGAAACUCUGCGUUGCGUGAGGUUGUUCGAUUACGAAGGUUGCCGAAGACUGUUCAAAUCCCUGAAAGAAGAUUAUCAAAAUCGUGCACCGUACAUUGCUUACCUCGUGCGAUCCAGGCAGACUCUUUUGUCUUCCAUAGCGCAUUUCGAAAGAAUGAUCGAAAGAGUAGAAUCGGACAGCAGGGUCUGUCAAAAGUUCCUAGUUGCCUUAUGUGUUCGGAUAUUUUUGGAGAGAAGAGAAGACAUUUGCCGAUCUUUUUCGAAAGAAUUUCAACAGUUGUCGUUGCCCGACGAGAAAACGGAUUUGCUCGAUAAGUUUUUAAUGGAGUUGUCUCAUCAAUUGGAAAAAGAUCACAAUUGGAUCGGUGCAAACGAUGCACAACUCGAACAAGCAAGAUCAAUAAUUGAAACUGCGAUCAUUAGUAGAGUGUAUCCGUACGCAUUGUAUCCCAAUGGAGACGUGGACAGAUAUAGAGAUCAUGUCUUACACGAGCACAUGAAAAACUUGGCCUCGAUAAUUACACCAAAUCAUAAAGCUCUUCAAAUUCCGAAGAUAUUUCACGUGGAAUGCCCCUGGCCUUCAGCUCAGGCUGAAAUAUCCGCCCUUGCAGCAUAUAAAACUCCUAAGGAUAAAGUCUCUUGCAUUUGUCGUUGCGCCACAACCAUAAUGAAUUUACUAUCGAUGGCUGUCGAUGGAAACGUACCUGCGGCCGAUGAUUUCGUACCUGUUUUGGUUUUCGUUUUGAUCGCAGCGAAUCCUCCAGCGCUUUUAUCCACGGUGCAAUACGUUGAUAGUUUUUACGGAUCGAGAUUGGAAGGGGAGGAACAAUAUUGGUGGACUCAAUUUUCAUCCGCCAUAGAAUUUAUAAAAACAAUCAAUUAA